CAAUUUCCAAGGCUUAAACCUGGUGACACUGUAUAUUUAAACGGCCGCAUUUUUUGUGAAAAAUCUCAGAACAGAAAACAUCUCCACACUCUUUUGAGAAGUAAGAAUAGAAGGACAGUGACUUUAAAAUGAGUCUCCAUGUCAAGAGAGAAGAUGAGGACACUGCCUACAUAAUGAGUUCUCCAUCUCCUGGAUCCAGCUGUGUGUCUAUGAAGAGUGAUCAAUCCAUGAUGGAUUAUCCUAAAUUCAGGGAUGGAACAGUGACCUCUGACCCCAGCAGACAGAGAUCAAAGUCUCCAGAACCCAGUGUUUUGUCUGUGAAGACUCUCAUAUCCAUGAAUUAUCCCCCUGACUUCAGUGAUGGACCAGUGGCCUCUAACCUCAUGAUGGAUGACACACAAGCAGCCCUGCUGGUUGAGAAUGGAGACCAAAUAUUGGAUAAUGACCUAAAGAGAGUCAAAGGUCAACACAAAACUAGCAUGAAGAUCAAAUAUGAGAGAUUAUUUGAUGGACUGAAACUCCAAGAGAAUCAAACCUUCCUGAAAAGGAUCUACACACAGCUCUACAUCAUAGAGGGAGAGAGAGAAGGAGUGAAUGAAGAACAUGAGCUUUUACAGAUGGAGAAAACAGCCAGAACACAACACUCACAAGACACUCAAAUCUACUGCAAUGACAUCUUUAAAGCCUCACCUGAACCAGGAUGUGUGGAGAAAGAACAAAUCAAGACUGUUCUUACUAAAGGUAUUGCUGGAAUCGGAAAAACUGUCUCUGUGCAGAAGUUCAUUCUGGACUGGGCCGAGGGAAAAGCCAAUCAGGAUAUAGAUUUUAUGUUUGUGCUUUCAUUUCGAGAGCUGAACUUGAUCCGAGAUCAUCAGUACAGUCUUCACAGACUUCUGCAAGACUUUUAUCCUGAACUUCAAGAUCUGGACUCAAAGAUUUAUGAGGAGUGUAAAGUUGUGUUCAUCUUUGAUGGUCUGGAUGAAAGCAGAAUGACACUGAUGUUUUCAGAUGCUCAGAAAGUUUCUGAUGUGACUGAGACUUCAUCAGUGGAUGUGUUGAUGUCAAACCUUAUCAAAGGAGAGCUGCUUACCUCUGCUCUCAUCUGGAUCACCUCCAGACCAGCAGCAGCCAAUCAGAUCCCCUCCAAAUACAUCAACCGUCUGACAGAAAUUCAGGGAUUCAAUGAACCUCAGAAGGAGGAAUAUUUCAGGAGGAGAAUCAGUGAUGAGCAUCAAGCCAGCAGAAUCAUCUCACACAUCAGAAGAGCAAGAAGCCUCCACAUCAUGUGCCACAUACCCGUCUUCUGCUGGAUCUCAGCCACUGUGCUUCAAAAGCUCCUGAAAGAAGAUCUGAGUGCAGAAAUCCCUCAAACUCUGACUGAAAUGUACAUCCACUUACUGCUGAUUCAGAUCAACAUCAGGAAUCAGAAGUAUGAAGAAAGAGAUCCAGAGAAACUCCUGCAGUCCAACAGAGAAGUGAUUGUGAAACUUGCUGAAGUGGCUUUCAAACAGCUGAUGAAGGGCAAUGUGAUGUUCUAUGAGGAGGACCUGAGAGAGAGUGGCAUAGACGCCACUGAUGCCUCAGUGUAUUCUGGGAUUUGCACUGAGAUCUUUAAGGAAGAAUCUGUGAUUCAUCAGAGGAAAGUCUACAGCUUCAUUCAUCUGAGCGUCCAGGAGUUUCUUGCUGCUUUCUAUGCAUUUUACUACCAUGUAAAUGUAACUAUGAAGGAACUGAAGAAUUUUGCUUCAGUACAAAAUUUACUUAAAAGUGCAGUAGAUAAAGCUCUUGAGACUGAGAGUGGACAGCUGGAUCUGUUUCUGCGGUUCCUGCUGGGCGUCUCACUGGAGUCCAAUCAGAGACUCUUACAGGAUCUACUGACACACACAGAGAACAGCCCAGAGAGCAUCAGGAGAACCACACAGUACAUUAAAGAGAAGAUCAAAGAUGGACAUGGACUCUCCACUGAAAGAUCCAUCAAUCUAUUCCUCUGUCUGCUAGAAGUGAAAGAUCAGACUUUGUCCAGAGAGAUUCAGGAGUUUGUGAAAUCAGACAAAGACUCAGAGAAGAAACUCUCUCCUUCUCACUGCUCAACAAUUGCCUACAUACUUCAGAUGUCAGAGGAGGUGCUGGAUGAGCUGGACCUUAAGAAAUACAACACAUCAGAUGAGGGUAGAAGAAGACUUAUACCAGCAGUCAUCAACUGCAGAAAAGCACUUUUUGCUGGCUGUAAUAUCACUGGUAAUUCCUGCGAAAUUGUAUCAUCAGCUCUACAAUCAUCAGAUUGUGUCCUGAGAGAGCUAGACCUGAGUAACAAUGACCUGCAGGAUUCAGGAGUGAAGCUGCUCUUUGAUGGACUGAAGAGUCCAAACUGUCAGCUGGAGAUACUGAGGUUGUCUGGCUGUAUGGUGACAGAGGAAGGCUGUGGUUAUGUGUCUUCAGCUCUUAGUUCAAACCCCUCACACCUGAGAGAGCUGGAUCUGAGCUACAAUCACCCCGGAGAUUCAGGAGUCCAGCUGCUCAGUGACAAACUGAAGGAUCCAAACUACAGACUGGACAUACUCAAAUUGGAUCAUGGAGGAUAUUCCAGGAUCAUACCAGGACUGCGAAAAUAUGCCUGUGAUCUCACACUGGAUCCAAACACAGCACAUGUUAAACUCAUUCUGUCUGAAUGGAACAAAACAGCAACUCAUGUGAAAGAGCAUCAGCCGUAUCCUGAUCAUCCAGAGAGAUUUGAGAACCAUGAGCAGGUUCUGAGUAAAGAAAGUCUGACUGGACGCUGUUACUGGGAGGUUGAAUGGAGUGGAUGGGCCUAUAUAGCAGUGACAUAUAAAGGACUCAGCAGGAAAGAAGGCAGUAAUAGUCGGUUUGGAUUCAAUGAAAAGUCCUGGAAUAUUUACUGUUGUGAUAAUAUUUACUCUGUCUGGCACAAGAAUAAGAGCACAAACAUUCCUUCCCCUUCGUCCCCAUCUAAUAGAAUAGGAGUGUAUCUGGACUGGUCUGCCGGCACUCUGUCCUACUACAGCGUCUCUGACACACACACACUCACACACUUACACACAAUCAACACCACAUUCACGGAACCCCUCUAUGCUGGACUUACAGUUCCUUAUGGUUAUUCAGUGUCUCUGUGUCAGAUUUAACAACCUCCUGGGAGGAACCACAAAGGCACAUGAUCAGAGAUCUGAUUAUCUGUCAUUUUGCUAAUAUGAAUGAAUUUCUGAAUAAUUUUUUGAAGGUGUAUGUCAUUCUUUGAGCUAUGUAUAGAACUGUCAUUCAUAAUGUGCAGUUUUAAUUGACUAUGUCAUGACCAAUGCCUCUUACAUUUGAGGUAAUUAGGCCGUAUUAUAUUUUAAUAAAUGCAGGGGUUUUGUUUUUAUUGAAAUGGCGAAAUAAAGUUUCAUAACUUUUGAGCUUAAACGUUUUGACAUCUGUUAUUGUAUGUGUUUUAGUAGAGACUUCAUUGAGUCAAAGGUGAUGGUCUGUAGAAACACUCUGGGCUCUUCAUUAUAUGUGAUCUUACAAAAGCUAAUGUAGGGCCCAGUUUCACAGACAGGGCUUAGACUAUGCCAGGAUUAAGCCUUAGUUCAAUUAGGGUAUUUAAGUAGCUUUUAUAAACGUUCACUAGAAAAAAAAACAUUACUAGUCUGCAUCUUGAGACAAAACAAUAACACUGGCAUAUUUUAAGAUCUGUCAGUGCAAGUUAAUUUCAGUUAAAACAGCUCAAACAUGCAUUUUGGUCUAGGACUAGCUUAAGCCUUGUCUGUGAAACUGGGGACAAAUGUCGUCACUGUUUCAGAGGAUCAUAGACUCAGUUUCAUUCUGCUGGAUUGUCAGGAACUGUUACUGUUAGGUCAAUGUGUUUUUAUUCUGUUCAAUAUAUUAUGCAAAAAAAUAAAAUAAAAAAUAAAUUAAUUAAUAACCUCUUAAAUGAUUAGUUCACUUUCAAAUGAAAAUUACCCCAGGCUUUACUCACCCUCAAGCCAUCCUAGGUGUAUAUGACUUUCUUCUUUCUGAUGAACACAAUCAUAGAAAUAUUAAUAAAUAUCCUGAUGCAUCUGAGCUUUAAUGGCAGUGAACGGGACCAAUGAGUAUGAGCUGAAGAAAGUGCCUCCAUCCACAUCCAUCUAUCAUAUACAUAUUCCACACGGCUCCAGAGGGUUAAUAAAGGCCUUCUGAAGUGAAGCAAUGUGUUUGUGUAAAAAAAAAAAAAAAAAAUUAUUUAACAAAUUAUUUAAAAAUUUCUAGCUUCCCCCAGACCGCCUUCCGUACUCAAAUUAUGGAAAAAACUAAGUGGUAUCCCGUCAGUUCCGUAAAUUGAACAGGGAAGGUCUAGGACGUACAGCAUAAGCUUUUUGAAGAAUACGGACAGAAUAUGGACUACAGGCAUCUUGAGCAGGCAAGUCAGAUUAUAGUGGAGUGGUAACUGACGACAAGCAGCCAUUAUUUACCUUAUUUACAUUAUU